AUGAGCCUUGCGGGUUACUAUCCUAAGAAGAAUGACAAACGCUUUGGGAAACGUACUGAUAACCAAUUCUUCAUUUUGAUUGCAGGUGCCACAGCCCAGGAGCUGGAGGUGAUGCAGUCCCAGGGACCAUUAAUGCUGACCGCAGGAGAGACCCUCACUCUGAAUUGCACAUUGAUUGGGUCCGGUCCACCAGGAGGUGUGAGAUGGUACAAAGGCUCGGACAGAAACCAGCCUCCCGUUUACAAUGAUAAAGGAGCAUCUUUGCCCCGAGUAGAAAGGGUACAAUCCGGAUCAAACACCGACUACAGCAUUCGCAUCAGCAGCAUCCAGCCCAAGGAUGCCGGGACCUACUACUGUGUGAAAUACAAGGCAGCAUUCCAGGAAACGGAAUUUAAAGCGGGAAAGGGCACCGAGGUUUCUGUGAUUGCCACACCCUCCCAGCCCUCCAUCGCUGGCCCUCCAAGCAGGGUGGAUUCAGGGACCUCGAUGCCUUUCAACUGCUCCUCAGACGGAUUCUUCCCCCGAGACAUCGAACUCACCUGGCUUAAGGAUGGGAGGCUCAUCCAAGCCUCCCAUACUGUUAUCCUGCCACCGGGAGAGAGCAUUUCCUACAACAUCGUGAGCACUGUGCAGGUGUUCCUCACGGAGAAGGAUGUGAAGUCGGAGCUCACCUGUCAAAUCCAGCACAGCACCUUACGCGGCCGCUCCCUGAGGCAGAGCUUUAAACUUGGGGAUGUCCUACGAGUUGCCCCCAAGGUGUCAGUGGAGUCUGGGCAGCAACUGGAAGUUACCGUGAACCAAGUGGUGACAAUAUUGUGCAGCGCAAAAGGUUUUUACCCCAACGACACAAGGCUGGUCUGGAGGGAGAACGGCAGCGAGACAGAUCUCGGAAUGGCUGAGUCCGCGACCCAGGACUGGGAUGGGACGUUCUCCGUGAAGAAUUCCCUGAAAGUGAAUGCAACGGAGGAGAGGAACCACUCUGUACUCACCUGCCAUGCCAUGCGCAAUUCCCAGUCUUAUGAUCAUGUCAAUGUGACGCUGAGAAUACUCCGAGAAGGAAAAAGCGAAACCCAUGAAGCAAAUCAAGAUAACUUCUUUACGAAACAUGCACCUCUCUCAUACGUCGGUGUACUGAUUUCCGUGCUCAUACUUCUCUUGGUGGCUGCCAUCCUCUACUUUGUGUGGGCCAAACAGAGGAAAGGUAAAGGGUCUACAUCUGUAAGGUUAACUGAGCCUGAGAAGACUUCUGGAGGUACAAAUCAGGAGCCGGAUCCCAACAACGUUACAUAUGCAGACUUAAACUUUGACAAACCCCCCAAAAAGAGUCCCCGCCAAGUGAUCGAGGUCAGCCCGAAGUCGGAAUAUGCCAGCAUCCAAACUGCCCAGCCAGUGACCAACGACGACAAUGUUACCUAUGCAGAUUUGGACAUGGUACACCUAAGCAAAGCACCCAAGAGACCUGCGCCGAAGCCCGAGGAGGCCAGCUCAGAAUACGCCAGUGUGCAGGUACAGAACAAGUGAGCUGGAGCCACAGUCGGCUCUCUCUGGCUUGCUGGUCAUCUUGUAGGGAUGCCAGAUGCCUCCUUGCCGGGGUCCGGUUCUUGGCCUUGUCCUAAUGCUGAGUUUCAAUGGAGGCACGAUGGGAUUGGCCUGCCACGGUUUGGUUCCUGCAAUUUCUUCACAUGGAACUUGAUGCACACAGCCAAGGUCAAGGAGGAAGCUAAUUGGUGCUACAUACCAUUGCAUUCUGGUCUUCUGGCUAGCUCAUGGUGCCUCCCUCCCUCACGAUCAUGGGAGAGGGAUGGGAGCGGCCUAGAGCAACUUAAGGAUCUAACACAACUUUUUAUCACGGAGACAGUAUCUCUCUUCUUUUAAUUCAUCCACACAACACGUUGAAGGGAAGGGUGCGUGACGGCUUUCUGCGGUUGUCGCGUUCGAAAGCAGCCGGACUGUUAACCUGCAGCACUUCCUGACGAAGGCCUUCUGCACUUCUUGAAAAUGGCUUUCUCUCCGCUUCAAGACAACCAAGAGUCCACUCAGGCGCCACCUUGUUCCAUCUUCUUCUGGACGUGGACUGACACGGCUGAGCCCAACUAGCUAUGUGGGGUGCGAAAAAAGCCACUGCACUUUCAACAUUGAGACUCUUGGCUAUACUUGACGGCGUUUGGGUGAAGGAAACGGCCACUUUCCUAGGUACCUGUGGGAGGAGGAAGCUUGCUUGCUUGACCACGGUGUCGUCUUUUUCACUUUGCACUGCUCUGUUCUCCCCGCCUUGACAUCAUGCUGUGGGACAGUGCCUCUUUGAGAUACAGCAACUUGUACCAGGCCUGGAUUCCCCCUUUUUUCCCCAUCUCAUCCACCCAAGGGCCUCUGUCUGGCAAAGCCAAAUUUGUAGAAAGCCUCUAGGUGUGUUGACCUGAAUCCUUUUUUCUUUAAAUUUCAUCCUGAAGUGUCUCUCUUCUUUUGGGGGCAGGGACUUGCUUUCAUGUUACAGCAUCUCUGAUAGGUUGGGGGGCUUAAGAAUUAAGAUUUGUGUCCGGAACACCCCUGCCUGUUCCUUUUGCUUAUUUUUUUUUCUUUUUGUCAUCGUCAUUCUCCUAGAUCAGAUUGGCAAAAUAGCGGUAGAACAAAGGCCUGCACAUUUUCUUUACCACCCAGUGUGGAUUGUUUGAAGGGCACCUCACCUCACCUUUCUUCCAGGUGUAUAAAUCACCUUCUCAAGGCCAACAGGUCUCCAGUCUAGCAUAUCCCCUCAUCUUUCUCCGUCCCCAUUACUCUGUACUCGAAUCCAGCGUCACUCCCUCAUCUGCUAUGCUGUGUGGGCUCUGCCACAUUUUCCGUCCUUGUGGCCGCCAUUUUGUUUCUGUUUACAUUGUGCAACAUGCAGCGGCCCGAGGAAGCUGCAUGGGCACGACUGGGGGAGGGGGCUGCGCCGGUGGCUGCAGAGGGCAGCUUCCAAUGAUGUAGGGAUAAUGGCAAUGAGAAAGGAUUAGAGGAGAGGGUUUGGUGGGAUUCCAGAGUGGCUCAGCGGGCCUGAGAGAGGGAGGGACGUGAAGGGAAAGGCCUCCCCAUGAGACCAAAAAGAGGUCGCUCGUUGUACCUUGACUUCUGACAGCUCAGGAGCUGGGGCCAUUUCCCCUUCCUGGGAAUUCUCCAUGCCUCUCAGUGUUUCCUUGACAGCCAAAUCCUUACAGGGGUCCCCCUCCCCCCUCCAUUGGCCUUCUUACACAUUUUUUGUUCCAUGCUAGGGUUGCAGAGUUGAGGAAGGCUCUCCCUGGAAGAAAGAAUAGCACCUCUCUGCUCCUAUAGACAGGGCUGCCCCUCCCAAGAGAUGCCCUUGUACCACCUUUGUCGACUGUUCCGCAUUAGAACCAUUUACUCCUUUAGAACUAAAGCUACCAAUAUUUGUGUGUGUGUUUUGUAAGUGGGUGUAGUACUGUGUUCUUAGCACUAGUGUGAAAAGCACAAAAGCAAAGCAAAGGAUAGAUCACCAGGGAAUCAAUAAAUCCUAAACUAUCCCUCCUGCCCGUGACUAAGGCAUCGUAACCAACCCUCUAUGAUUUCUGCUGCCAGUAACCAAAAUUCCCUGUCUUGUUCUUGGGUUUUUAGUGGCUCUGCAUUCUUCUUGUAAUGUAAAUUAGGAAAUAACUGGCAUUUUGCAGGCAUAAGAGGACAGGCGAAGUUGGAAGGAGUGGCGUUUUGCAGAAGCAAUGUCUUCCGAAUUCUCUGCCAAGAUGUUCCACCUGCAUUGGUUCCAUCUUUUGAACAGGAGAUUUCAAGAUCCGGAAUGCAUAUGGUCAAAAUUCAGCAAGUGCAAGCAGGUAGAAUCUUGAGGAAUUUCACACUAAGCUGUAGAGAUGCAGGGCAGUUUACACUGGUAAUUUCUGCGUCCCUGAACUGUGCCAAACGUCUUGGGAGUAUGGCUGCCGGCCUGCCAUACCUUUAAACAGCUGGCCUAAAGUGUUGUUGUUAUCGACAUACACUCCUCUUUCUAGGAAGAUGUUUCCGUGACAUGUGAGACUUCAAAACGACUAAUCUUUGGGUCACUAAUCAUAGUGUGAAAGAAGAUACUGGGGGCUGCUUAUCAUGUUGCAUGUCCCCCAACCCCCAUUUGCAUUUUUAAUGGCUGUAGGGAAGACACACAACUGAUAAUGUGAAGUAUGGGAUGUAUGGACAUGGUUCUGGGGGCACUGUAAAAUGUAGGAUUCUUCUACUGGCAAUUCACCCAUCUAAUGAUAGGAAUGCAAGUCCAUUCAGCUAUUUCCCUACACAAGCUUUUGUGUCGGGGCAUCUUUGGGAUCAAACUAGACAUUACAGUAUAGCACAGCUGCUGCUGAAAAUGGCAGCUGUGUGUCUAGUUUCCUCCAAUAAUAUCUGUCCUGACAUGACAUUAUUGGUUUCUUCAAUCCAAAUAAUCGGUAGCCACUGCCAAGGAAAUGUGGCAGAUCAAUAGUAAGUUUACAACAAGCUAUGGAAGGGGGAAACUGGACACGCUGCUUCCAUUUUUGCCUGCAGCCGGGUGUAUUCCGAGCCACCUAGUUUGGCCCUUGGUCAAGGUGAGAAUUUAUCGCCAGCUGUUCAGUUCCUUGAACUCUAGACACCCUUUCACCAUCUUCCUUUUCCUCAGCAGUGCUAGGAUGUGAAUGCAUUGGAAUCCAAUGGUACCAUUACUUGAAAGAGAGAAAUUGAGAGCUGUAGCCAAAGUUGGGGUGUUGGGAGUCCACCCUGGUUUGUUAGCCCUGAUUUUGAAGGGAGGAAGACAUGAAUGGGGGGAGGGGUGGGUGAAGCAGAAUGGAUGUACUUGUUGUGAAUCAAAAAUUAGGUGACUGUUGGUACAAAUCGCACCUUAAGUUUUGGUUGGU